AUGCCGGGCUUAGACUACCUAUCCCACGAUGGUAUGACGCGUCUCGGUGGCACUGACAUGCAGCUGAAAGCUAGUGCACCGCACCUCGUAUGGGCCGCAGGCCACUUGCUCACAUUUUUGGCAGGCGUGAGAUACCUGUUUGCUGCCGCCACGUUCUCGUGGGCUGGCUAUGAACUCUGGUAUCGCAUCGCUUACCUGGGUGCAAUUGUCAGCUAUGGUGUCGUCAUCUAUAAGAGUUUUGGCGUGCCUCGCACUGACAGAGCUUAUGUACAGCGUGCGCUGAUGGAUGAAAAUGUGCAAUACCUUGUCAUUGCCAUGUACUGGUGCUGGAUUCAGCCGAUCGCCCUCACGCUGAUUCCUUACGUGACGUUUUCCUUGUUCCAUCUGCUUACUUUCACGCGUACAACAAUUCUACCGUCUAUGAUCCCUGCGAACCAGGCAGCUGAUGGUACUUCCACACCCGCGGGCGGUAAUUUGUCGAAGGGUAUUCAGUCGUGGGUGAAAGAAAACUACGACCGCGCCAUGCGCUUUGUGUCGUAUGCGGAAGUAGUGAUCUUUGUGCGCGUACUCAUUGGCGCUCUUCUCUUCCGGAACUCUCUGAUCGCUCCACUGCUCUACGCCCACUUCCUUCGCCUUCGUUUCUACAUGAGCAGCUUUACCCGGGCUGCCUUCCAGCAUGUCCGUGGCGAGCUGGACCAACUCACCCAGCACGAAUCAUGCCCGCCAGCUGUGCGCAAGGGCUACUUGAUGCUGAUGGACCUGGUCACACGUUAUGCUAGCACCGUGCUCAGCAUUAACAAAGGCCAACCGGCUUCGUCCGUUCCAUCUUCUGCGCGCACAGGCACCGCGUCCGGCAGCGGGUCGCCUGCCGACCCAACGAAGCUCAAGACGCGUUAG